AUGUUCAUCUAUCUCCUGUAUCUAUAUCUAUCUAUCUAUCUAUCUAUCUAUCUAUCUAUCUAUCUAUCUAAAUAUCUAUCUAUCUAUCAUCUCUAUCUAUCAUCAUACAUCUAUUUCAAAUCUAUCUAUCUAUCUAUCUAUCUAUCUAUCUAUCUAUCUAUCUAUCUAUCUAUCUAUCUAAUUCUGUUCAUAUCUAUCUAUCUAUCUAUCUAUCUAUCUAUCUAUCUAUCUCCGUCUCUAGCUAGCUUAGUCUGGUCAUAUCUAUCUAUCUAUCUAUCUAUCUAUCUAUCUAUCUAUCUAUCUAUCUCAGCUCAUCUAUCUAUGUUCAUGUCUAUCCUUUACACCAGUCGCACAUCUAAACUAACAGCACCUGAUAUUCACCCAUUUAGUUGUUUAUCAAUAUCUAUUGAGUUCAUUCUGCUCAUAUAUCUAUCUAUCUAUCUAUCUAAGUCUGUUAUAUUUUAUUCUGUUCAUAUCUAUCUAUCUAUCUCAUACCUUUCAUAUCGAUCUGAGGAGGAAACUACGACAUAUCUAUCUAUCUAUCUAUAUUAUCUAUCUAAAAUCUAUCUAUCUCAUACCUUCAAAUCUAUCUAUUACUUUUCAUAUCUAUCUAUCUAUCUAAUCUAUCUAUCUAUCUAUCUCAGAAAUCUUUUCUGGAAUCUAAUCUAUCUAUCUAUCUAUCUAUCUAUCUCAAGCUUAUUCUGUAAUUAUAAUUAUCUAUUUCUAUUCAAAUCUAAUUAUCUAUCUAUCUAUCUAUCUAUCUAUCUCAUGCCUUUCAAAUCUACUCUGUUAUAUCUUAUUCUGUUCAUAUCUAUCUAUCUAUCUAUCUAUCUAUCUAUCUAUCUAUCUAUCUAUCUAUCUCAUCUGUUUAUCUUAUUCUGUUCAUAUCUAUCUAUCCAUCUCAUACUUUUCAUAUCUAUCUAUCUAUCUAUCUAUCUAUCUCAUACCUUUCAAAUCUAUCUAUUCUGUUAUAUCUUAUUCUGUUCAUAUCUAUCUAUCUAUCUAUCUAUCUAG